AUCCUAACUUCAACCACAGCAUGUAGAGAUUCAAGUUAUAUUACCAUACCACUAGGUACUAGUGGUGGGCUUGAUGAUAGUGAUUUAAGCUCUUUCCUAUUAACAAAGAAAGGUUCAAAUCUAUUUAUUACAUUUGAUGCUGGAACCAUUUGGACAGGUGUUUCAAAGUUCCUGGCAAACAAAAACUAUGUAAGAUCGUUCAAUAUAGUAUUUCCUCAAUGGGCCACUCAGGAGGAUCAACAAAUUGCCUGGUUUGUAAAGAACUACAUCUUGGCCUAUGUUAUUGGACAUCCACACUUGGAUCAUGUGGCUGGUUUGGUAGAGGCCAGUCCAGAAGAUUAUCUACCCAGUGGUGUGUUGAAUAUCCAUCCCCCAAUAGAGACAGGACUCUUGGCACUUCUCAAACACAUCAUAGAUCCCAUCCUACUGGACUCUAAACAAAUAUUGUCAAAAAAGACAAUUGUAGGCUUACCAAACACAAUCCAAGCAAUCAAGGAUAAUCUAUUCAAUAACUUAAUUUGGCCUAAUCUUCCUGAUUUUGGACGUUAUGAUUACUAUACAAUGAAGGAAGGUCAUUCGUAUGAUUUGAUGGAGUUGGUGUUUCUCAACAACAGUGACAGAGAGAAUCUUGGCAAGAACUUCCCAAACAAUGUAGAGAUCAAACCAUUCCCUACUUGUCACAACGAUAUGAUGUCAACCGCCUUCCUAUUAACCGAUAAAAUUACUGGAGAUCAAAUUGUCUUCUUCUCUGACACUGGUAUACCUAGUGAAAAUGUAAUUGGAAUCACUUGUGAUUAUCUAAAGAGAAUAAGAAUCAUCUGGCAAAGCAUCCAUAUCAAUAAGUUAAAGGCAAUCUUUCUUGAAUGCUCAUAUACCAACAGUCAACCUAGUACUCAACUAUUUGGACACCUUAGGCCAAAGGAUGUGAUUCCUGUUCUAGCCGAACUAAUUGAUUAUGGUAUUCAGACAACACCCAAGACAAUGAACCUCAGACAUGUUAAACUGGUGGUGCAACAUAUCAAACCAAUGGCCAACCAGAGUCCAACAACCAAUUUCUCUGUUCGUCAAUUGAUAUACAAGGAACUAUCAGAAAGUAAUAAGUUUUUGGGUAUCCAAAUAAUAAUACCUGAACAAGGAGAGCCUAUUUGUCUUUGA